AUGGCUUCCGGACGGAAGAAGAUCAAGGUCAAGAACCCGUUGGUGGAGUUGGACGGCGAUGAGAUGACCAGAAUUAUCUGGCAGGACAUCAAAGAUAAAUUCAUCUUCCCAUACCUCGAUGUCGAUUUGAAGUACUACGACUUGGGCCUGGAGUACCGUGACCAAACCGAUGACAAGGUUACCGUCGACGCUGCAGAGGCUAUUAAGAAGUAUGGCGUUGGUGUCAAGUGCGCCACCAUCACCCCUGACGAGCAACGUGUCGAAGAAUUCAAGUUGAAGAAGAUGUGGCUCUCUCCAAAUGGAACCAUCAGAAACAUCUUAGGUGGAACGGUUUUCCGCGAACCAAUUGUCAUUCCUCGGAUCCCAAGACUUGUACCUGGCUGGAAGAAGCCAAUCAUUAUUGGCAGACAUGCCUUUGGUGACCAAUACCGUGCUACUGACCGUCUUAUUGGUGGCCCUGGCAAGCUUGAGCUUGUAUACACACCCACGAACGGCGAGCCGGAGCGAGUGACAGUAUAUGAAUUCCAAGGAGCCGGUAUUACCCAAGUUCAAUACAACACGGACGAAUCUAUUCAAGGAUUUGCUCAUGCCAGUUUCAAAAUGGCUCUGCUCAAGAGCCUUCCUAUGUACAUGAGCACAAAGAAUACUAUUUUGAAAAAAUACGAUGGUCGGUUCAAGGAUAUCUUCCAGGAAAUCUACGAAGCCCACUAUAGAAAGGACUUUGAAGCUAAGGGUAUCUGGUAUGAACAUCGCUUGAUUGAUGACAUGGUCGCCCAAAUGAUCAAGGGUGAUGGAGGUUGCGUUAUUGCCAUGAAGAACUACGAUGGUGAUGUCCAGUCCGAUAUUGUCGCCCAAGGCUUUGGCUCCCUUGGCCUUAUGACAUCUACCUUGACCACCCCCGAUGGCUCUGCUUUCGAGUCUGAAGCCGCCCAUGGAACCGUCACCCGCCACUACCGUGAGCACCAGAAGGGUCGUGAGACCUCUACUAAUCCUAUUGCCUCCAUCUUCGCCUGGACCCGUGGCUUGAUCCGCCGUGGUCAACUCGACGAGACUCCUGACGUCAUCACGUUUGCUGAGCAGCUCGAGCGUGCCUGCAUCGAGGUUGUCGACGAGGAGGGUGUUAUGACUAAGGAUUUGGCCCUGUCCUGCGGCAGAAAGGACAGGGAAGCCUGGGUUACCACCCGCGAGUACUUGGACGCCGUCGAGAGACGACUUCGCAGCAACCUCGCGAACGCCAAGCUCUGA